GAGUCUCAGACGCAUAUGUCCAAUCGCAAAAUCCAAGCCCGAGCGGUUUAUAACGACGCAGUUUUGUUAAGGGGUGAGCGAUAUCGUUAUAGUGAGAAGGGAUAGGUAAGAAAGCAGUAAGAAAAUGGAGGCGUUAGGAUGGUGGUUAAUGCUAGUGGGUUCACUCCGAUUAGCUUCCGUAUGGUUCGGUUUCUUCGACAUUUGGGCUCUUAGACUCGCUGUUUUCUCUAAAACCACCAUGACUGAAGUUCAUGGGCGGACAUUUGGAGUUUGGACGCUUUUGACUUGCACUCUAUGUGCUCUUUGUGCAUUCAAUCUUGAUAACAAGCCACUUUAUUUGGCUACCUUUUUAUCUUUCAUCUAUGCUUUCGGACACUUCCUGACUGAAUACCUAAUAUAUAAAACAAUGGCCAUUGGGAACUUGACAACAGUGGGCAUUUUUGCAGGUACAUCAAUAAUUUGGAUGCUGAUUCAGUGGAAUUCACAUCAAAAGAGCCACGCCAAACAUUCCUAAAAAUUGAACCAAAUGGCUAGUUUUAUUAUGCUGCUCAUUCCAAGCCGGAUUGCCAUGGACGAACGGCCACUGGACUAGCCAGCUUUGUGGUGGUGGGUUUCCAUUACAGAGAGCCAUCAUAAGUUGUCCUAUCCAAUAAUUCCUACUGCCCGCUGAUCAUAAUAUCAUGUAUCAGUUGUGCAAUCAUAUCAGAUGCAUAUAGCCUGCAUAACGUGGAAAAACAGCACAAAAACAAAAGUGUAAUAAUAGCAAAUGUAGACUACUUUUGAACUUGUAACUGAUACAUUUUAUGUUGGCAUUAACAGACAUUAAAAUAUAAGAAAAGAUUAGCUUAGUGUAUAAACUAUUGCAGAGCUAUUCUUCCUGAUA